AUGAGAAUAGCCGUGACGAGGAAUGAAGAUGGCCGGGAGAGCCAGUGGGAUGGAGGAGCCGUCGGUAGCAGCCGAGGCGGUGGCGGCCCCGAGACCGUGAUCCAGUGCGGUAGAGAAGAGCAGGCGGCGGCUGGAGAAGGGGCCCGCUCCGGGAGCGCAGCGAGAGUGCCGGGUGGCUCCUUCCAGGCGCGGCGGGCGCGGCGGCGGCGGGACUGGUUCGCGGGCUCCAGGGUCAGAGCUGCCCGGGCACGGGCGGAGGAGAGCCGGGAGCAGCGGGAGCGGGCGGAGGAUGAGCCCUGUGCGGGGGAGGAGCGGCUGCUGUCGCCCGGCCUUCCUGCUCUACCCGUUCGCUCCCCGCGCCUCCUGCGCUGGUUGGGACAGUUGUUAGUGCUGGAGGAAGCGGCGGCGGGGGGCGGUCGGGGCCCGGGCUGGGCAGCAGCAGCUGGCUCGGCCCGGGGCGGGGAGACGGCGGCGGCUGAGCCUCCUCCACAGAGGUGGUUUGCUGUCUCAUGCACCGACCAGACUCAACUUUUCUCCUUCCCUUUUUCCUCUCUUCCCCCUCCCCAGCUCGACGGGGCAGCAAGUAAGGAACCAAAGCCCACCCCUGUUGGCUCCUUGAAGUUUUUGGACCGGGGUUGGGGCUGGCGGAGAUCACGCCCCGCUGUGCAGGUUUGGAAGGACUUUGGCGAGGGGGAGUUAGGAGAGGGGGUCUUUGCAGGCUUUGCCGCGGGCAGGGCAGGGCAGGGCAGGGGGAGCCUCGGUCCUUCCCCCCGGUCCCAGAUGGAGGAGCAGACUCAAUAGAUUCAGAACUUGGACGCUUGGAAUUUCCUCUUCUCAUGUAAAAGAUGGAUGCCCUUUUCUUCUUUUGCUUUGGUAGUUUCGCCCAGUUUUCCGUUGUGCCUCGGGUGGGAUGGUGGCCCGAAAAACAGUCCUCCCGAAUCAGACGUUCAGACGUGCAGUCCAACUAACGCAAUAUUGAUAAUCCACGAUAACCACAGCCGAGGCUCCUCGGAAUGCUGGCGGACGCCCUCCGCUUCACCUAGGCUUAGGGCGAGCUCCGCACGUCCUUCCGAAGCUCUUCGAUCUGCGUUCAGCUUCUAUAGUUCUUUCUCUGGAUGUGGUUAGCAUUUUUUAUCGUGAAUCUUUUGGAAUUGUCUUGGAUCGUUGUAUUGCUGAGAGCUAAAUCUGUCAUAGUUAAUCAUUACACAGUGUUGCUGCUGCUGUGUACAAUGUUCUCCUGAUUCUGCUAACAUCACUGAGCAUCAGUUCAUGUCAACAUAAGGAGACAGAUGUCUGUAGAGAGGUGUAUGGAGCUGUGCGACUUGGGAACUGAACUGAGGACUGGAGCUGUGUCCUAAAGCAAGAAGAAUUCCUGGGUCCCAGGUCUGGUCCCUAUGGGCCUGAUGCUCAGCAGGAAGCAGUCACAGGUGCAGACUGUGGUAGCUGUGUCACAUUACCCAGAGCUGGGUCAUAGAUUCAGUGCAGACUGAGAAGGGGAAUUGCAGCUAGUGGAUCAGGGUGGAUCAGGACAAAGAGGAGUAAUGGGUGUUAGGUUAUACAUACCGGACAAGGAGCAGGAAGCGAAGGAAGUAGCAGCUGUGGGAUUCUGACUCCUGAAGCACAGCAGAGUCUCAGAUUUUGCCCCUAACCCAUUCUAGAGACUAUAGUGGGAAAAUCAGGGCAGGGGGCUCAGACCAAGGGGCAGCUUGCUAUGAACAUGUAGAAUCUUCCAGCUAGCUGAUGGUUACUGGGCCAGGAGAAACCUACUAGGCCUUGUAAAAGGAGGGCAAGCCCAGAGUUGUGUUGCUCAAGCCCUAAUGCUAGUCAGAAACCUGCAAAUUUCUGACCAAGAGUAGAAAUCUGACCUCACCCUGGAUCAGACUUGAAGCAUCCAGUAAGUCGUCUGUAUUCAGAUGAAUUCAAUGAAUUCAAAUUCAUUACCCCAUAGAAUUUGAUUUCUGCCAGGACCUGGUUGCCCAUUUUCCUGCAAACAAUUGGUCUGAUUUUCACUUUGGGGGCAUUCUUGAUUAUCUUCAAGAGUGAAUCAUACCACUGAUGCUGAGUGAAGUGAGCAGAGUCAGGAGAAUGUUAUACACAGUAACAGCCAUGUUGUGCGA